AUGGCCAGCCAAGACUCGGUCUAUCGUCCACUACCAAAAGGUGUAGAUGCAAUUCGCAUUCUCACUGUCAAACCAGAACAAUUCCCGGCUCCAUUGAACUGUGAACUGAGAGUCGCAGCCUUCAGCGAGCGCCCGAAAUAUGCUGCUCUUUCCUAUACUUGGGGUGAUUCUCACAGUGAGAGCUUCAGUGCGUUUAGAAAACUUAAAGUCUCAAUACAAGGACGCCAUUGGAACUUGGCUCAUAGAGUCGAAUAUGUGGAACUGGGUACGAUAACUAUCAAUGGAAUGGAUGUUCCCGUUCAAAAUAACGUGAAUAUUGCGUUGCGCCAUCUUCGGUCUGCGACCCAGCCUUUAUCGCUCUGGGUCGAUGCAGUUUGUAUCAAUCAGGGCGAUGUUGCGGAGGUAAACGCGCAGGUUGCUAUGAUGUCUUUCAUAUACACGCGAGCCGUGAAAGUAGCUGCUUGGAUAGGGUUUCCAACGUCGGACUGGCAAAUCUCAGCCAGAGAAUGGUCCAGCGGACAGACACGUGCGUUCUCGGACGUAAUUGCUGGAAAUGCGAAACGAUUUAUGUGGUCUGCGGAACCGGAUCAUAAUGAGCUCACACGCAUCGCCGAAAGUGCAUACUGGACCAGGCUAUGGAUCGUACAGGAGAUGUGUCUGGCUGCGGACGUGGUAUUCGUGUACGGAGCAAAGAUUUGGAGCUUUGAACAUAUCAAAGCUUGGGCAUCGAUGAGAUCAGCACAGGUGCUGAAAGAGCAUUCCAAGUCGAUCAUAAAGGUUGAUCAAGUAAAUGUCUUUGCAACGAUGCUAGAUUGUAUCACAGCUCGAAAUCAACGUUUCAGUGAAGACAUGCAAUUGGAGCAACUGGUAGAGCGAUUCUCUAAAUGUUCAUGCUCGGAACCACGGGAUAGAGUAUAUGGCCUCAUGGGCCUUGCCAAUGAUACAAAGUCGUCUGCACAGCCCCAUACUACGCGCAAGACACCAAGCGAAAGCACCCCCGAUCCGGAUGGGUGGGAUGAUCCUGGCGAUAUGACAAUUCAGAUCGACUAUACGCGAUCUUUCUUCGAUAUCUGGAAAGAUGUUAUACAUCACAGAUUGGCACAAGGCCCCGGGGGAAGUCGUUAUUACUCGAACCCAAAGGCAGAACGUCAUAUGAGUCUUGUCAGAUUCGCUGGUGUGGUGCAAGCAGCUCUGAAUGGAAAAGUUGAAGAGGAACUCAGAACAGGGGGUACUUCAAUAUCCCAAGACCUUAUUCAUGCCCCAUUAAAUAUCCGAGUCCUUGGAUUUGUAUGCAGCACAAUUGCUCAUAUAGACACUUCGCAUUCCUCUCUUUUUGGCUCUUUUAGUGCGCAACAGGCCUGGCAUGGAAGCUGGACACGACUUCAGCGUGAGAUGCACAGAUGGGAUCUCGUCACUCUCCGAGAGAAGGAUCGAGGAUAUAUGUCGAAGAUAUGUGAAUACACUGACGACGAUCUUGGAAGAAUAAGGGAUAUUUCCAGUCCUCGAGUACUAGCUUGGCCAUGGAAAGAGGAAAAUCCAAUCGAUUGUGGGAAUGACACGAGAAGUAGUCCCGCACAAGGACUCGAUGAGGAGCCGAGAAUCUGUUUGGGCACCAAUAAUUUCAUCGGUCUAGCACCCCGAUCAGCGAAAGUUGGCGAUGUCAUUGUCCGGUUCAUCAAUUGUAAUGCGGCACUCGUGAUGAGGCGUCUUUCAGCUAGAAAAAGGAAAAAGUCAGAGAGCUUACCAUCAACCAUUGGCAAGUCGUAUACUCUGAUCGGACGAGCAGAUGUAGCAAGUAAGGUCAAUGCAGAAUUGUCUGCUGCCCCUGAAAGUCCUGCUCAGAUGAUGGGUAAGAGCACUGAUCUACUGUACGUAGACCUCAACUUCCACUUACUGCAACUUAUAACGGCCGGUAUUUCGACCAAAGCCGAAUUCAAGCCUCGAGAAGCUUGA